AUGAAGAUCCUAGUCUUGCUAUUGGUUUGUCUACACUUCUCAGAAGGUGCAGAAAGAAUCCUUCUGAGGAAAGGCAAGUCUAUUCGCCAGACAAUAGAGGAGCAAGGUUUACUGGAGACUUUCCUUAAAAACAAUCCUAAGGUUGAUCCAGCUGCCAAGUAUUAUUUCAAUAAUGAUGCUGUUGCUUAUGAGCCCAUCACCAAUUAUAUGGAUGCUUUCUACUUUGGAGAGAUCAGCAUUGGGACACCACCCCAAAAUUUCUUGGUCCUUUUUGACACGGGGUCUUCCAACCUAUGGGUGCCCUCCACCUAUUGCCAGAGCCAGGCAUGCACCAAACACAACAGAUUCAACCCCAACUAUUCUUCCACCUUCAGAAAUGAUGGGCAAACAUAUACACUGUCCUACGGGAGUGGCAGUCUGAGUGUGAUUCUGGGAUACGAUACUGUGACAGUUCAGAACAUUGUCAUCAAUAACCAGGAAUUUGGCCUGAGUGAGAAUGAACCUAGUGAUCCCUUCUACUAUUCAGACUUUGAUGGGAUCCUGGGAAUGGCCUAUCCCAACAUGGCGGUGGGCAAUGCCCCAACAGUCAUGGAGGGCAUGCUGCAACAGGGUCAGCUCACUCAACCCAUCUUCAGCUUCUAUUUCUCUCGUCAACCAACCUAUCAGUAUGGUGGAGAGCUCAUCCUGGGAGGAGUGGACACUCAACUCUAUUCUGGUCAGAUUGUCUGGACCCCUGUGACCCAGGAACUCUAUUGGCAGAUUGCCAUUGAGGAGUUUGUCAUCGGUAACCAGGCGACUGGUUGGUGCUCCCAGGGCUGCCAGGCCAUUGUGGAUACUGGCACUUUCUUGUUGGCUGUCCCCCAGCAGUAUAUGGGCUCCUUCCUGCAGGCGACAGGAGCCCAGGAGGCCCAGAAUGGUGAUUUUGUGGUCAACUGUAACAACAUACAGAACAUGCCCACCAUCACCUUCAUCAUCAGCGGCUCCCAAUUCCCUCUGCCUCCUUCUGCCUAUGUCUUCAAUAACAAUGGCUACUGCAGGCUGGGAAUUGAGGCCACUUACCUGCCUUCUCCCAACGGGCAGCCCCUUUGGAUUCUCGGCGAUGUUUUCCUCAAGGAGUAUUAUUCUGUCUAUGAUAUGGCCAACAACAGGGUGGGCUUUGCCUACUCUGCCUAA